AUGUCUAGGUAUGUGGAGGAUAAGGAAUCCAAGAGAGAGGCCUCAAAUGAUGCCUGGCUAUUCUCCAUUAAGGAGGGCCGAUGGAGCCCUGUGACCUACGCACCCGGUGACGUGCCCAGGGUGCGGCUAGCAGCCCAGGCAGUGGUUGUGGACAGGCAUCUGUGGGUCAUUGCUGGAUGGGAUCCCGGGCACAAGAGGGAUGGCGGUGAAAUCCUCAGCGACAUAUGGCGCCUGGACCUAUCAACUUACCAAUGGACCCAAAUCAAGCCCCAGGGUGAGGAGCUGCCGGCAAUAUCGAGAUUCCAGGCAGUGGGGCUGGGCAGCAAGGUGUACAUCCACACCCACCGUUCCCUCCAGGACAUCCUUGUGCUGGAUGUGUCUGAUGUAGAUGCGCCCUCUCUCAGCCUGCAGCCGCUCACCUCAGAGGACGAUCCCCCAAUGGGCCUGCACUCGUUGACGGCGGCUGCGGACGGGCGUAUGUUUCUGUUUGGGGGCGCUCCCAAGGAGGGGCCCAUGCUGGGGGACCUGUGGAGUCUCACAGUUAAGGGGGGGACGGGCGGUGGGGCCUGGGCUGAGCUGGACCCAGAUGGCAAGGCCCCCCACGUGCGCUGCUCCCAGGCAGUGGCGGCCGUGGGCACUGACAUCUUCUUCGUGGGCGGGUCGUAUUACAAGGUGGAAGGAGGCCUGCAGCCACUGAAUGACCUCUUUGUGCUGGAUACAAAGCAGCUGCAGUGGCAGUAUCCCAGAGUGGCUCCUGGAGCUGGCCCCUCUCCUCGGAAUGCUGCCACGGUGACGGCGGUUGGGGGAAAGCUGGUACUCUAUGGUGGAUGGAACCCUUUUGUGGAGACCUACAAUGACACCUUUGUCAUGGAUGUGUCCGGGUAUGCAGCGCUUAGAGACAAGGUGCCUCUAGAGCCCGAGGAGGAGGACUGA